ACCCGCGCACACUAAAAUAAUCAUUCCUCUUGCAACACUUCUGACACUUUUUAUACAAAAAGAUAAUCUGCCGUUAGAAAAAUGUAUUUUGAAGGGACCCCACCCCCUGCUAGCAGUUUUUUCCGUUUUGAAAAAAUAGAAGGAGGAAUAUGGUUUGGACUUAAGGAUUCAAUAGUUUCAAAAGAUUAUUGUCAAUAUGGCAUGGAGUGGACCGACCCCAAUAAAAUCCUCACUGACGAUAGGUCAAUUGCAUUCACUUCACGUUUUCAAAGCACAAGACGUUUUCAAAGCAGCCUCAGGUGUCCAAACCAAAUCGACAAAAGAAUCGUCCCCCGAUUCAAGGGAACUUUGCAACGGAUGUAGUCUUCGUGACUUGUUUUUACAACUCUGGACAAUGAGACCUUUUCAUCUCUAUAUUUAUACGUCGUCCUUUCAGGAAGCGUGUUGGGUGAAGUUUGCCCUAAAGGACUUGUUUGACGCAUUUGGGGUCAUCAUGCCUAGUGAAUGUGUGAAGCUCAUUCUCCCUCAUGCCGAUCAAUUGUUGGAACAUUUAUCAACUGUACCGGAACUGGCUAAUUUAAUGCCUGAAGCAACUCGCCGUCUGAAGGGGAAACCAAUGUCCCAAUUAUUGAGGCGAAAAAUGUUCCGUGAAUUAGUCACAAAAUACUCAAUGUUGACGGAAGAAGAGAAUAUUUCUGAAACAGUACCUGCACGGUCGGUCAUGAUGGAAAUAAGUGAACAGAAAGUUUACAACAGAGUCGGGAAAGGAAAUUUGGCCCCCACAACACUAAAUAAUCAAAUAUCAGACUGGCUUCUUCAGAAAUACGAGUACGUUGACGACCGAGAGAAAUGGAUUCGAAAAUCAGUUGUACAUGAAGAAUAUGUUAAUCAAUUUCCACAUCCAGAUCCAGAAAAAAUAUUGGCUCAACAUCGUUUAGGCGACAUUUUCAUGUCAAAUUUUCCUCUCACAUCCACCAGAAGAAUUGGCACCUAUCCUAACAAUGUUGCCGUGUAUGCAAACAUUCGACGCAAGAUUCCCGAGUCUCAAGAAAACAUGACAAUGGGUACUAUAGUUGAAAAGGAAGACAAAAGUGAACCCGUAGAAAUUCGUGUCAUGGUCUCAUUUGAAAUACUUGAUUCUAUUGUUGAAGUAGGAAAGAAUGUGAUACAAAAAAUCUCAGAUAACUGCGACGUCAAGAUUACAAUCCCGAAAUCCAAACAGAAAUGUAACCGUGUUCAGCUCGAAGGAGAUAAGGUCAUGGUUGAAAAGGCAAAAAAAUUGUUCUUAGAUUUAGUCAAGAUUGUUGAGCAACUUAAUAUGUAGUGACAAUUUAAACACGUUUUUAUGAAUUAUAACUUAACUGUGUCGACAAAUAAAAUUUUAUAAUCAUUCGAAUAUAAAAAAAAU